AUGAUUUUCAAGCUCUCCACCGUUGCAUUCGCCGCCUUCGGCGCUGUCUUCCUCCUCGCCGGCCAGGUCAGCGCGCUCGCCGACAACCCUGUCGACGCCUGCAACGGCAGCAACCACUACGGCGAGGGCCACUCAUGCUCAUUCAAGUCAGGCGAUGGUCAGGCUGAUGGCUACUGCCACUUCACCGAGUCGGGUGUCCUCACCUGCGAUACCGCUUAA